CUUUUCACUGUCCUGUCAGUGCCCGAGGUAAAAGUCUGCAACAUCGUUGUGCGAUUAUUGUGUCGAAUUUUCCUAUUUUUCCCGUGGAAAAUAAUGUCUAUCUAGUGCCGGAAGUGCAGGAAAACCUACCGGAGCAACGAUGGCACAAUUAUUGCGUGGAAAAGUCAGCAUUGACCCUCGGUUCAAACACGUCAGACCCACGGUGUACGCCCUGAGCCGGGUCAAUUUCUCCGGAUUUACCUACAAUGGCAACAACAACAGCAACAAGGGUGGCCAUCGGCGUCAGAACUUCUACUACCAGGAGUUUCUGCGAGGACCAAAGUUUGGUGGCUAUCAAUACUAUCAAUCGUCCCGAGGAUAUGGAAUGUUAGUGGGUCGAGUCCUACGAGGGGUACUAAAGUUACGCUACCUGGUACUCGGAGGUGCCAUCGGUGGUGGUGUCACGAUGAACAAACGCUACGAGGAAUGGAAGGAUGGCCUGCCGGAUAUGAAAUGGCUUGAAGAGGUAUUUCCCGACAACGAAAAGUGGGGUCAGUUUACCAGAAAUUUACUAGCUAUGAAGGAUUCGGUUAAGGAUUCCAUCGAAAUCGAUCCUCGUUUGAAACAACUGAGUGAAAACAAGAUGAACGAGUUUCGUGAAUGGUUCGACAAACGACUGGACAAUGCUAUUGAAGCGGCCGAGACUCAACAGAACCCGCAAAUUGAAAGUUCCUUCCAGAAUCUAUCUGAACUCAUAUCAGAUCUAUACGGAGCUACCAAAGAAGAACUUCGCAGCAAGAAUACCGUAAACGCCAAAAGUCUGUCGGCCGAGGAUAGCCGGCGGCGUGUCGAUACGCUACAGUCUCAGGUGGACGCGCUGCAGACGGAAAUUAUGAACGUUCAGCUCAAGUACCAGCGCGAGAUCGAAAAACUGGAAAAGGAAAACCGGGAUCUUCGCCAGCAGUACCUGAUCCUGAAGACGAACCGAAAGCAACCGCAGAAGAAGCGCAUCAAGAAAUCACUCAUCGAUAUGUACUCGGAAGUGCUGGAUCAACUUUCCGGGUACGACACUAGCUAUAGCACUGCAGAUCACCUACCCCGAGUAGUGGUCGUUGGCGAUCAAAGCAGUGGAAAGACUUCUGUGCUGGAAGCUAUCGCACAAGCUCGCAUUUUCCCCCGUGGCAGCGGUGAAAUGAUGACCCGAGCACCGGUAAAGGUUACGCUUUCGGAAGGUCCGUAUCAUGUGGCACAAUUCCGUGACUCGGAGCGAGAAUACGACCUCACGAGGGAAACCGAUCUGGCUGAACUGCGGCGUGAUGUGGAGAUUAGGAUGCGGAAUUCCGUUCGCGGUGGGAAGACUGUCAGUAUGGACGUGAUUUCGAUGACCGUCAAGGGACCGGGUUUGCAACGAAUGGUGCUAGUUGAUCUGCCCGGUAUCAUUUCGACUCAGACGGUGGACAUGGCAGCCGACACCAAAGAAUCGAUCAAACACAUGACUGAGCACUACAUGAGUAAUCCAAAUGCGAUUAUUCUGUGCAUUCAGGACGGCUCCGUGGACGCCGAACGCAGCAAUGUAACCGAUUUGGUAUCACAGUGCGAUCCACUGGGGAAACGGACCAUUUUUGUCCUCACCAAGGUCGACAUGGCAGAGGAUUUGGCCGAUCCGAAUAGGAUAAGGAAAAUUCUUUCCGGUAAGCUGUUCCCGAUGAAGGCUCUCGGUUACUUUGCCGUCGUUACCGGUCGCGGACGGAAGGAUGACUCGAUCGAGACCAUCCGUGAGUACGAGGAGAAAUUUUUCAAAAACUCGAAACUGUUCCAAAGUGGUGUAACAAUGUCCCACCAGGUCACAACCCGCAACCUAAGCCUCGCAGUGGCAGACCGAUUCUGGAAAAUGGUACGGGAAACCAUCGAACAACAGGCCGACGCAUUCAAGGCUACUCGGUUCAACUUGGAGACGGAGUGGAAGAACAAUUUCCCAAGAUUGCGUGAAUCCGGCCGGGAUGAACUGUUCGAAAAAGCCAAAGGUGAAGUGCUGGACGAGGUGGUCAAUUUAUCUCAGGUGUCUGCCAAGAAGUGGGAAGAACUUCUCAACGAUAAACUUUGGGAGAAGCUGUCAAACUACGUAUUUGAAAAUGUCUACCUGCCAGCGGCACAGUCCGGUUCCACAAAUUCCUUCAACACCAUGGUAGACAUCAAGUUGCGCCAGUGGGCCGAACAGGCCCUGCCCGCCAAAUCGGUAGAAGCCGGCUGGGAGGCAUUGCAGAAAGAGUUCCAACAUCUGAUGGAAGCAGCUCGUAAGACUCCCGAUCACGAUGACCUGUACGAUAACCUAAAGAGUGCCGUGAUCGACGAAGCCAUCCGUCGUCACUCGUGGGAAGACAAAGCCAUCGAUAUGCUAAGGGUGAUUCAAUUGAACACACUCGAAGAUCGAAGCGUGCACGACAAGCACGAAUGGGAUCAGGCAGUGCGGUUUUUCGAAACAUCCGUCAAGGAGAAGCUUGAACACACUGAGCAAACAAUAAGCGAAAUGUUCGGUCCGACGACGACACAAAAGUGGCUCCACUGGCGUUCGUCAACCGAUGAACAAAACAAACGGAAGUACGUGAAAGGCGAACUCGACAAGAUACUCACUAGUGACACGAAGCAUUCGCCCACACUUAGCUACGACGAACUGACGACGGUGCGGAAAAACCUGCAACGGAACAACGUUGAAGUGGAGACGGACUACAUCCGGGAGACAUGGUAUCCGAUCUACAGAAGGCACUUUCUUAAGCAAUCGCUUAACCGAGCUUACGACUGCCGCAAGGCGUAUUACCUUUACACCCAGCAGGGCACCGAUUGCGAAAUAAACUGCAGUGAUGUGGUGCUAUUCUGGCGCAUCCAGCAAGUGAUCAAAGUGACUGCCAAUGCCUUGCGACAGCAGGUCAUCAACCGCGAAGCCCGUCGGUUGGAUAAGGAAAUCAAAGAAGUGCUCGACGAGUACAGCGAAGAUGACGAGAAGAAGCUACAACUGCUAACCGGAAAACGUGUCACGCUGGCAGAGGAGCUAAUUCGAGUACGGCACAUCCAGGAGAAAUUGGAAGAAUUCAUCAAUGCCCUCAACCAGGAAAAGUAAAGCUUUCAAACGAAGCUCUCAAACGCUGCAUCUAGUCCAUCGCGGAGACGGAUAUCCGGAAAUUGAGAAGAAUGCAUCAGCUGCAUAGGAAAUAAAGGCCGUUUGUUAGGACGCAAAGUACCUUUCCAAAGUACCGUAGUUUUACCAUCGUGAAAAAAAGAUUAAACUCUAAAUGCAUCAUUAAUUAGGCAUCUAAAAUUGGUUUACCAGAGCAAGCAUAACGCAAUAAGCGAUUCCAACCUAAGCUAUUUAUUAUUAUGAUUUCACCGUCAGUAGGUUAAAAAAUCGGUUUUUGUUUAUUUCUUCUCUCUUUCGGAUGGUAAAUCCACGGAAAUUGACUGCUGAGUAUUUGUGAAUUGGCAAACCAGUCUUAUUCUUACCUACAUUUUAUUUGUUUUGUUUUACAAUUACACUUGCGCUGUUAUGCAAGGAUCAGACUCCUGAUUAGAUUGUAUUUUUUGUGAUUUAAGCUAAUGUACGCGCUAGAAGAUAUGCAAACUAGGCUGAAUCAAUAUUGUUUACUGAUUGGAAUAAAACCUGCAUUGAAUCGA